AUGGGCAUCAAGACAGCCUUGCCCGCGGCAGAGCUGGGCCUGUACUCCCUGGUGCUGAGCGGGGCCCUAGCCUAUGCUGCCCGGGGCCUCCUUGAGGCUUCACAAGGUGGGGCCCACAGGAAAGCCUUCCGGGAGUCUGUGCGACCCGGCUGGGAGUACAUUGGCCGGAAGAUGGACGUGGCUGACUUCGAGUGGGUGAUGUGGUUCACCUCCUUCCGCAACGCCAUCAUCUUCGCUCUCUCCGGACACGUGCUGUUUGCUAAACUCUGCACUAUGGUUGCCCCCCAGCUCCGCUCCUGGAUGUAUGCUGCGUACGGGGCCCUGGCGGUGGUGGGCACGAUGGGCCCUUGGUACCUGCUGCUGCUGCUUGGCCACUGCGUGGGCCUCUAUGUUGUCUCACUCUUGCGCCAGCCCUGGCUCUGUCUCGGCCUCGGCCUGGCCAGCCUUGCCUCUUUCAAGCUGGACCCCCUCAUCUCCUGGCAGAGCGGGUUUGUAACAGGGACUUUUGAUCUUCAAGAGGUGCUGUUUCACGGGGGCAGCGGUUUCACGGUGCUGCGUUGUACCAGCUUUGCGCUGGAGAGCUGUACCCACCCUGACCGCCGCUACUCCCUAGCUGACCUGCUCAAGUACAAUUUCUACCUGCCCUUCUUCUUCUUCGGGCCCAUUAUGACCUUUGAUCGCUUCCACGCUCAGGUGAGCCAGGUGGAGCCGGUGCGGCGAGAGGGCGAGCUGUGGCGCAUCCGGGCCCAGGCGGGCCUCAGCGUGGUAGCCAUCGUGGCCGUGGACAUCUUCUUCCACUUCUUCUACAUCCUCACCAUCCCCAGUGACCUCAAGUUCGCCAGCCGGCUCCCGGACAGCGCCCUCGCUGGCCUAGCCUACUCAAACCUGGUGUACGACUGGGUGAAGGCGGCCGUCCUCUUCGGCGUUGUCAACACCGUGGCGCGCCUCGACCACUUGGACCCGCCCCGGCCUCCCAAGUGCAUCACAGCGCUCUACGUCUUCGCGGAGACGCACUUUGACCGUGGCAUCAACGACUGGCUUUGCAGGUACGUCUAUGACCACAUUGGUGGGGAGCACUCUGCGGUGAUCCCAGAGCUGGGGGCCACUGUGGCCACAUUUGCCAUCACCACUCUGUGGCUCGGACCUUGUGAUACUGUCUACUUGUGGUCAUGCCUUAACUGCUUUGGCCUCAACUUUGAGCUCUGGGUACAGAAGCUGGCAGAGUGGGGGCCCCUGGCACGAAUUGAGGCCUCUCUGUCGGAGCAGAUGUCCCGCAGGGUCCGAGCCAUCUUUGGGGCCAUGAACUUCUGGGCCAUCAUCAUGUACAACCUUGUAAGCUUGAACAGCUUUGAGUUCACAGAGCUGGUCGCCCAGCGCCUGCUACUCACAGGGUUCCCCCAGACCACGCUGGCCAUCCUGUUUGUCACCUACUGUGGUGUCCAGCUGGUGAAGGAGCGAGAGCGAACCCUGACGCUGGAGGAGCAGAAGCAGGACAAAGAGAAGCCCGAGUAGGG